GGACUCACAGGUGUACAGUAAUACGUGAGUCAUACAGCGCAGCCGUUCGCAGAGAAGCGAAUAAAUGUUUACUAUUAAGUCAGCGUGAGAAAAAGGAGCGUUUUUGCGCGGUUAGAGUCACAUUGGGAGUGUUUCUUUUUUUCAGACUACAGCCAUGUGAUGGCAUAUGAGUCGAGUGUAAUGUAACAAUCCCCACCGACGCUUGUGCAGUGUUUGACGCUCAGUGACAUGACAUGGACGGCGGAGUGUCUCACUGAGAGUAGAUGAACUGAAGAACGAUGUCGGACCAGUGUUAUGGCUUGACUUUAUCAGCUGCACCCCCGCUUCGCAGGGGCAGCACCCCCCUGCCAAUCAAGCAUCAGCUGAGGCGAGAGGAAGCUGUGUCUGAGGAUUACGAUUGGACGCCGGGGCUUGACGAGCCUGCUACUCCACAAAUCAGCAUUAGCACUAUCCAAGAUUCUCCUUCACAGAAACCGCCGCAGCAAAAGUACCACGGACCCCUUCGGAUAGUACUACUGGGCCAAAACGGAGUGGGCAAAUCCUCUCUGGCACUUUGCCUUGCUGGACUGUCAGACAGAUCACUCUCUAUAGACUCUGAAACCCAAGCAACCGACGAGGGUUACCAGCGGCGAGUGACCGUGGAUGAUGAGGACAGCACGAUUUUAGUAUAUGACAACUGGAAACAGGAGCUGUCCACUCUGCAGUGUGAGGUGUGCAUCCUGGUGUUCUCGUUGACAGACAGACGUAGCUUCCACCGGAUCGCUCAGCUCCGCCUACUGUUGAGGGAGACGCUGCCACACACCCCCAUCAUCCUAGUGGGCAACAAGAGUGACCUUGUGCGCUCCCGUGAGAUCAGCACAGAGGAGGCACACUCCAGCGCAAUGAUGUUUGGCUGUCUGUAUCUGGAGCUCUCCGUCUCUCUGGACCACCACACUAAUGACCUGUUGGAAGCGGCUGUGAGAGCGGCCCGAGGCCACAACCUGGGGCCCGGCUGGACAGAGGGGUCCCCCACGGCGGCCCGCCGAGAGAGCUUGACCAGCAGGGCCAAGCGCUUUCUGUCAGGGCUCGUUCCGCGCUCCCACCUCGGCCGAGACAGGGAGGGCGGCAGAGACCUCAGCAGACACAGAGGAAGCAGGAUGCUCAGGCAGAAAUCACGUUCUUGUCAUGACCUCAGCGCUCUAAUGUAACUGAAAACAACCGAGAGGGAGAAGGAGGGAAGGUUUUAAAGGAGGCUAGAGCAGAAAUUGAAGAACUGCAUGUAAGAUUGACAGGUGAGGAGAUAAGAGACAGUGUUGCCGCACCACUUCACAGAGGAGAUAAUUCUCCAGAGAUAUUACCUAAACUAGUAUGUGUGAAAUUAGUUGUUUAUACCAGUCUCUCAGUCAUCGAACGUGACAGUGGUGCAGCAAAACCAAGCAGUGUAUAAACUAUCCUGACAGAACAUGACCUUUGAGGUUGCGAGAGGCCUGUAAACACACAGACCAACAUAAAUAUAGUACUGGAUUUCAGUAUAAUGAGUGGAUUAUGCUGGCUGUGGCAGGAUGUUAGUGAUAGAGUAGCUCCUGUAGUAGAAGCAUGCUGACAUGGCACAGAUGCAGAACUUUAGUAAAAAAAAAAAAAAAAAAAGAAAAAAAAAGCCCACUGGCACAGAAUAGGAUACUUUAGUUAAUGCAUGGAUUUAGCGUUUUAGCUUUUCUCACUCUAUCUGCACAAAAAUAGCAUAUUUUCAAGUUUAGGGGAACCAAAUAAAGUGAUUUAAACUGAAGCAGUUAUUGAAAAAAACCCAUAUUGGUUGAUAGGGCUGCACGAUACUGGGAUAUUUUUUUCCCCCGCGCUGUAUGAAAAAUACAGGAAUUAUCACUAGAUGACUUCAAUAGCUAUAUAUGGAAAGAAUUAAUUAGGGGUGCUCGGGUUGAUCGGCUACCGAUCAUUAUCGGCCGAUAAUCGUUUUGGGAUGUUUGAUCGGCGGUCUCUAAAAAGGCCGAUCUCAUAAACCGAUCUCUAGCUGACGAGGCGCCUGCCCUGCCGUGAGAGACAGCAGCACUGUCUCAGUCUCUGUCCGGCAUGGGUGAAAUAAUUAUAAUGCUGAAGGUGAGGUACAAUUCAUAUUUCUUCAUUAAAUAACUUAUAAAGUAAUUUGAAAACUUUCUGUGAGACAUAAUUUCACAAACAGCGCGAGUGAAUCACCGCGCUCUCUCUUUCUCUCUCAAAAUGCGCAAAUGGCUUCAAAUCACCACACAUCGCUUCUGACUUAAGCGAGCUGCACAGUUGACAGGAAUUUUCACUUACACAAUUGAGGCAGUGUUGUCACUAAAGUUUAUAAAUUGUAUUUAUUUUUAAUUCUUGCCAACCAUUCAGCGCUCACGCUCUCUCCUGGAGACCGUGCGCUCAUGCACACUCGCAGCGCACAUAACGCCAGGUUUGCGUUACUCCGUUUGCAGUGCGUAUGCGGUGCUUUUUUUUUUUUCCGCACUCAUGUUAACGGAUUUUAAAGCAUUCACACUGCGCUGAAUUAAAGUGACAGCGUAUUGUUGGCGGUAAAUAUGAAAACGAAAAUGUAGUAAUUACACCAUAAAUGCAUUGAAGUCUACUGUGUUUCACAGUCAUCACAUAGGCUAUGACUUUUUGGCUAGGUUAAAGGGAAAAGAGCACUUUUAGAUAGCUAAACAAGGCAAUAAUAGAUGGCACUUGUGGAGGUAGGAAAAAAAGUUAUUUAUGAACCGCAGGAUUGCUUGUAAUAAAGAUUUAAAAGCAAAAGAAAAGGCAGUAGAACUGACUGCUUCUGUCAAUGGUAAGUUUUAAUUUAGAAUGUUUGUGAUAACGUAAGAAAAGUAUUUUAAAUGUUUUGCCACUUGCUUGAGCAACAGUUUUGUUCUGUGUGUAAGCUAUUGUGCCACAAUUGUAAAAACAAAAAUGCACUGAAUGAUUGAACAAUUAGGUGAGAGAAAUAUAUAUUUUUGAAGAAAAAAAAUGUUCCCCUCUACCCCUCAAAUUUAAAAAAAAAAAAAAAAAUCCCCUCUCACAAGAGUCACCUAUAAGAGGGAAAUUUCCCCCAUUCUCAAAAAUGAAAUUCAGGCCCUGAAUAAAUCUCUAAAAUUCCUUAUUGGAGUAUUACUAUAAAUAAUUCUACAUGAUAAAAAGAAGGCUUUAAAAAGAUCGGUAUCGGUGAUCGUAUCGGCAGAUAAUGCUUUCGGUGAUCGGCCUCAAAAAUCCUGAACGGAGCACCCCUAGAAUUAAUCAUUAUAAAAUUAUUAGGGUGAUUUUGUUGAAGAGUGCUUUUGGUUUUAAAAAAAAGAAAAAUUAAAAAGCUGAAAAAUUACUUUUUUCCCUAUAAUUGAAUUGAAUAAUUGAAAGAUUUGGGUGUACUCUUUACAAGAACCACCUGAGUUUUCAUAGGGCAUAUUCCCACUGUUUUUGACCCAUUUAAUCUGACUAUAAAAUAACAAUAAUGAAUUUUUAUUGUGGUUAUAAUUAAAUAAAAAAUGGUAAAAUACAAAAUCUAGAAUUUAAUUAAAAAUAAUUUUAUUGUAUGACUGUAAAAUUACAAUACUAAUAUUUGAAUAAUUUCUUCAUUUUAAACUAUGAUUAAAUACACUGUCUUUAGUAUAUAUACUUAAUAUUUAAACUAUAAAUAUUAAUCUACCAAGCUUUUAUUUUGGUGGAAUAACACAAGUGUUGUGCUUCACUCUGAAACAUUCAGCUCAUAUAUUUAUUUAAUUAAGUCCUGGCAAUUUGAUAAUCCUGAUAUCAAGUCAGGGUUUAGUGCAAUUAUUUCAAUAUAUCGUGCAGCCCUAGUGGUCAACUGGUAAUCUGAAUAAGGUCAAUGGUGGUUACGGCUUUGAGAAAACACGGUGUCCUAACCAGACGUAGUCUCAUGUAGCCUGGUAAGUCCAGAAGAAAAUAAAAUCUAACUGUCAUGUAAAGUGACCUAAUACAGUUUUAAUUUAUCAGAUUAUAUAAUAGAUUGCUAUGUAGAAAUGGCAAAUAACAGAAAAAAUAGAAGAUGUGUAAAAACUUUGAUCGAUUUCUUUUGAGGGCUGUGAUCAAGAAUAAAGCUCUUGAGGAUCUUUCGUUUAUUUGAUGCCACUAACCUGGAAAACCUUUGCAGAUCCAGUGAUUAGUUCCUUGCUUUGUAACUUUGCUUUACUUUUAAUCACAGUAUCAAAGCCAGUGAGAAGAUAUUUGAUGUUUUAUACACAUUUUUAUGGAACCAAUGAGAUCUCAUUGUGGGCUGAGCUAUUUGGCUUUACAGCAUAGAAAUUAAAAUCACAUCUGGUUAGGACACGGUGUUAAUCACAAUGUGAACUAAAUCAGGUUUAUUGGCUAACCUCAUGCAAACGAUGGAUGUGUUGACUCCCGAGUCGGGAUGUUUCCGAAUGCACUCUGUUAUUGCAGAGGCAUAUAAUGGCACCCAAGAAAUUUGCUUUGAGACUAAUCGCAAAGCAUUGUGCAACAUAUGGGGCUGAAUCAGCGCAGAACUGCGGAGGAGUGGUAAUGAUAUUCACAAGUUUUUUUUUUUAUAUUAUUGUUCUAGUAUAAACAGCCGGCCAGUUGCGGUAAUUGCGAAUUGUACCUUCAAGGGCCUUGUUUACAAUCGGAAUUAACACUUGCUAAAAUAGUUUGCAUAUGCGGUUUCUGUAGCGUGAUGAACGAUUUGAAGUGAAAAAGUGGCGUACAGCUGAUUUAACAUCCUUUAGAAAACACAUACUCCUGGUUUGUGGUUGGAAUUAAUUGGCUUGUCAUAAAUUUGGAGUACAGGAAGAAAAUAUUCAAACAUAAGCAAUGUUUGUGAUUAGGUACUGAUGAGUUUCUUCCUCAAACAAUUAUUAGUGAAAUGUAAUCUUUGACGCACAGUAAUGACUUCAGUCAAUCAGGCCUAAAGUACAUACUCCAAUCAAGUCAUCUAAAAUGAAGUCUUAACCAUAUUGAGGCCCACUGAGAGCAAAAUCGCAUACUAAUUGAUUGUUUUAAGAUGUAAUGGGACAUUUUGCAAUAUAACCGCAAAAUGUUGUUUUUCUGAUAUUAACAUCGAUUUAAACUCUUAAUUAUGUGCACUCAUAAUUAAACUCCACCAGCGUGGUGGGAGUAAUACACAGACCUGUUAUUUAAUGAGCAUAAAAUAAGAAAGCAGGCAAUAUUAGGCAAUCAGUGUUGGCAGGGAAAGCAGAUUGGUCUGUAGAGAGCGCUUUGAUAAACUCCCUUGAGUCAGACAGGACAAUCUCUAGAGAAUAAGAGAAUACCGUUGAACUAAUUUGACACCUCACUCUAUAAUGAUAGCAAGCCAUCUUAACACUCAAUUCUGUAUGACAAGUAAAUGAACCGACUGACUCUCAUUUUCCUUUAUACGGGUCGAUUGUAAUAUAGUAUUUGGUAUUUAGCUGCACGCAGCUGAAUGCAAGUCUCAGAGAUUGAAAAGGCACUUUCAACCAACGCCAUAAAACCCUGGGUUCAGGUUAAAACUGUACUUUAAAUUUCCUCUCACCUCACUUUCUUAAAUUACUUGUCACCAAAAAGGACCAGAUGUUAGGACAAGCAAUAUUGAGAAUGGCCCACUUUGUCAUAUUGUUUUAAAGCAGGUAAUGUCUUUUUCUCAUGUUGUCUUUAUCAUGAGACUUACUGUGAUUUCACCAAAUAGGACGUAGGUGAUUGGUUGAUAGGAAUUUUGGUAAUUUCAGCCAAUAUAUUAGAGUUUAGACCCUUUCAUACAACUUGCAUCAGGGCUUCAAAGCAAGCGUUAUAAGAUGCUUUGAGAUAAAAAGUGUGGCAAUGUUACAUGGUAGCACGUGGAUAGAAAACAUUUGAUCUUAGAACAGAAAGUCUUGACAAUUGCUUUGAAAACAUGUUGAAUGUGGUCUCGCAAGAUACUACUGUCUUGGGUUACUCUUGGAGAAUUCAAAGUAGAUCUGUAAGUGAGUUCUUGGGGUGCCAAUGAAAAACUAUAUAUUAACCAUUUAAAAUGCAUAUAUUUAAAGUCUGACUUUUUAUUCACUUGCUUUGUACUUUAAAAGACUUAUAGGGAUGCAACAAAUACUGAGAUUAUUGUACCUGCAAGUCUUAUCAUUGUCAAAUCUUUGAAAGGUCAGCUAACAAGGUCAAAGUUUUGAAAUUGUGUGAACUCUGAACACCAUUAAUGCUUCACUCCAUAGAGUUCAGUGCAUUGAGCAACACUAAUGCAAAUUGUUUGACAGGGUUUGAACAUCUUUCUUAUCAACCCAUUAUUUCCCUCUGAUUUUAGAGGUAGUUAAUGGUUAGAUUUAGAACUAUGUUUGUUUGUUUAACAGUAAUGCUCUGUAAAAUCGCUGUAGCCUUAUUGUGAGGGUUACCACAAAUUGAAUCCAUUUGGUGAUAUGGCUGAAGCUGUGUGUGUGUUUAAGGAUGAUACCGUGUGAGCAUAUUUUCAGCCAUAAGAGGAGACACAGAGCCCACAGAGACGGUCAGGUUUUGUUCUGUAUUUUCACCUACUCACAUUUUAGACCCAUCAACACAUGAUCUCAUGAAAUCCACUGAAUAUGUCAUAGGACCAAGCAUUUCUGUGGGGGCUGGCCACACAGGCUUAUGCAACAACAACGAAAACACAACGUUCUGGAAACGUUCCGAGGUCAAACAUGGCAGCACCAUUGACUUGUUUCUCACUAUUGAUGAAUGUCAUCCACUCUGUCUUUGAAAAUGAGAGAAUAAAGACAAUUUGUUAUGAUA